CGUUGCAAUUCUAUACUGUUACUAGAAUCGUCAGCCGUGUGGAAGCCGGGCUACGUUGGGAAAAGUAUUGUGGACAUCGAUAAGUAAGUGGCCGCACUACGAAUAGGGCUGCCUGAGACUUCCAUAAGAGCAACGCUUGGCUUCAGCGGUCACUGAAGACCGCUUCUACGAAAUGGCAAUGAACUUGAGCGUAACUGUGAAUGGAACCCGGCCGUCAAACUGCUUUAAUCCUACAGCAGAAAGAAUUGGGCACACAAUUGCUUAUUGCCUUUUAUUUUUUAUUUCACUGGUUGGAAAUUCCUUUAUUGGAAUAAUUGUUUACAAGACAAAAGCUUUGCGAAAACCCAUAAACUAUCUUAUUGUGAACAUGGCUGUAUCAGACCUCCUGUUGCCGAUUAUCUUGUUCCCGAAAACUGUAACAGAGAUGCAUGUCGAUAAUUGGUUAAUCAGUGGCCAUCUUGGCGAAGCUUUGUGUAAGCUUGUUCCUUUUAUGUCCGAUCUCUCUGUUGCCGUGUCAAUUCAGAGCUUGGUACUGAUAGCAAUGGAUCGAUUUGUAGCUGUGGUAUUUCCCCUUCGUUCCCCACUCAUCAGCUCAAAAUUGUGUCCCUUCUUCAUCGUCGCUACUUGGAUCAUCGCCAUAGCUAUAGUCACCCCGUAUCUGCUCGCGUUCAAACUUGUCGAAUUUUCUCAUCUGGAGUACAAGUGUGUGCGGCAAUGGAUGCGUGUAUCUGACGAUCCCUCGUCGGUGAAAAAAUACUUUAUGGCACUUUUUAUCGUAUUUUUUUACAUCCCCUUCGUUCUGAUGUUUAUUCUUUACCUUGUGAUUCUUUUGAAACUGAAGUUCCAAACAAGUCCAGGCGAGCAUUCAAUGAACGCUCAAAUUCAGCGUUCGAGAAGAAAGAGAAAUGCGCUCAAACUGUCCGUUGCUAUUGUUUUAGGGUUCGCUGUCUGCUGGUUUCCGUUCAGUAUUUAUACUUUAGCAAUUUUUGCGGUUAAAAAUAAUUCUACAAUACCCUGUGGAAUCCUGUUAUUAGGGCAAUUUUGUCUGUUACUGAGCCGAACAAACAGCGCUAUGAACCCCUGUAUCUGUUUUAUAUUAAGUACAAAUUAUCGUCGAGGUCUUAAGAAUCUCUUCAGUAACUCUUAUGUUGCCAGGGCUAACAGAGAUGCCAUGUAACAUGGUGGCAGGUGUUCUAGAAUAUAAUUAACAAUUAUUCCACGAGCGCGGGUUGGAUAUGAAAUGAUAGAUAGCCAACGAGGCGCUUAGCACCGCGUUGGCUAUAGUCAUCUCACAUCCAACAAGCGCGAG